UGUCAUCCUCGGUGCAUCUUGGAUAACUUAUUACCAUCAGCUGGUUGCUGCUGGUACUCUCCUCGUCAGCCCGCUCGUCAGGAGGUCCUCGUCAGCCCGCUCGUCAGGAGGUCCUCGUCAGCCCACUCGUCAGCAGGGCCUCGUCUGCCCACUCGUCAGCAGGGCCUCGUCAGCCCACUCGUCAGCAGGGCCUCGUCAGCCCACUCGUCAGCAGGGCCUCGUCAGCCCACUCGUCAGCAGGGCCUCGUCAGCCCGCUCGUCAGCAGGGCCUCAUCAGGAGGUCCUCGUCAGCCCGCUCGUCAGGAGGUCCUCGUCAGCCCCUCCGUGGGGCCUUCGUCAGGUGGUGGGCGAGGAGGACGCCUGGAGGCGCGUGUCUCAGGGCUGGGGCUCGCGACCACAACAAUUGUUCACUUCCUGUUGUCUGUCCCCGACGUCCCUCCCGCCCGCCCUCAGCGCAGCCCUCUCCCUCCCGCCCGCCCUCAGCGCAGCCCUCUCCCGCCCGCCCUCAGCGCAGCCCUCUCCCUCCCGCCCGCCCUCAGCGCAGCCCUCUUCCUCCCGCCCGCCCUCAGCGCAGCCCUCUCCCUCCCGCCCGCCCUCAGCGCAGCCCUCUCCCUCCCGCCCGCCCUCAGCGCAGCCCUCUCCCUCCCGCCCGCCCUCAGCGCAGCCCUCUCCCUCCCGCCCGCCCUCAGCGCAGCCCUCUCCCUCCCGCCCGCCCUCAGCGCAGCCCUCUCCCUCCCGCCCGCCCUCAGCGCAGCCCUCCCUCUCCCGCCCGCCCUCAGCCCUCUCCCUCUCCCGCCCGCCCUCAGCGCAGCCCUCCCCCUCUCCCGCCCGCCCUCAGCGCAGCCCUCUCCCUCUCCCGCCCGCCCUCAGCGCAGCCCUCUCCCUCUCCCGCCCUCAGCGCAGCCCUCUCCCCCUCCCGCCCACAGCGCAGCCCUCUCCCGCCCGCCCUCAGCGCAGCCCUCUCCCGCCCUCAGCGUGGCCACGUGUCCCAACUUGUGGGGUUCUCUCAGCGCCACACCUUAA